GCGGCGGCGGGGCGCAGUGCGGGGCCAUGGAGGAGGCGGCCGCGGACGCGCUGGGCGGCGAGCCCUACUAUUACUACGGGGAGGCGAACGAGAGCGGGCCGGGCGCGCAGUGCGAGUGGCCGGCGGACUGGGAGGUCUCCUUCUCGCUGCUGCCCGUGCUCUACAUGCUGGUCUUCGUGCUGGGGCUGUCGGGCAACGGGCUGGUGAUCUUCACCGUGUGGCGGGGCCCGCGGGCCAAGCGCCGCUCCGCCGACACCUACAUCGGCCACCUGGCGCUGGCCGACCUGGCCUUCGUGGUGACCCUGCCGCUGUGGGCCGCCUACACGGCGCUGCGCUUCCACUGGCCCUUCGGCUCGGCGCUGUGCAAGCUCAGCAGCUACCUGGUGCUGCUCAACAUGUUCGCCUCCGCCUUCUGCCUGGGCUGCCUGAGCUUCCAGCGCUACCUGGCCGUCGUGCGCCCGCUGCCGCGCCCGCGGCCCCCGCGCCCCCGCGCCGCCGCGCGGCUCCCGCUGGCCGCGCUCUGGCUGCUGGCCGGCCUGCUGGCCCUGCCCGCCCUGCUGCUGCGCGACACGCAGCCCAGCGCGCCCGGCAACCUCACCGUCUGCGACAUGGACUUCAGCGGCGUGGCCAGCCCGCAGGCCGAGCGCUACUGGCGGGGCGCGCUGGGCCUGGGCACCACGGCGCUGGGCUUCCUGCUGCCGCUGCUGCUCAUGACCCUCUUCUACUGCUGCAUCGGCGCCACCGUCAGCCGCCACUUCCAGCAUCUCCGCAAGCAGCAGGAGAAGCGGCGGCUGCUGCGCACCAUCGCCACGCUGGUGGUGGUGUUCGCCCUCUGCUGGCUGCCCUUCCACCUGCUCAAGGGCCUCUACGUGCUGAGCGAGCUGGAGCUGCUGGACCUGCCCUGCGCCUUCCUCGGCCUCAUCGUGCUGCUGCACCCCUACGCCACCUGCCUGGCCUACAUCAACAGCUGCCUCAACCCCUUCCUCUACGCCUUCUUCGACCUGCGCUUCCGCGCGCAGUGCCGCCUGCUGCUGGGGCUGCGCCCGGCGCUGCGCGGCCCGGCCGGCUCCGGCUCCGGCUCCUCCACGCUCAGCGCCCAGACGCAGAAAUCCGAGCUCCACUCCCUGGCCACCAAGGUGUAGCGCCCGCGGGCGGGCGGCGCACGGGGAGCCCCGCGCCCCAGACUGACGCACUGCCGGGCUCGCAGCCCGCCCACGCUGGGUGAGGCGCCGCCGGGAGCUCGGCGCGGUUCGGCCGCGCUGGGCCGCUCCUGCUCCGAGGCGGCGGGAUCCGCAGCAGCAGCCCCGGCUCUGGCCGCUGCACCCGCUUGGUCCCAGCCGCUGCUCGGGGGGUCCGGGUUCCCCGCCCGCCCGGCGCUCCCUGCCGGUUCGAUUAGGGCCGGGAGCCCCCGGAGCUGGGCUGGUCCCUGCGGGAGGCUCCGUCCCUGUAAACCAAUAAAAUAGUUUUUCAGGAA